AUUGCGCCAACUUUCCUAUUCAAUAGAACAUGGUAACUUUUGUAUUUAGCAUGCGGUGGUUGUGGUCGAGGGUUCGAAACGUGAAUGGUUCGUUCCAAUAUUGUCUAUCGUAGAUAAGGUGGAUCUUCUCCACUUAAAUGCACUAGUCAUGGUUAAAGCCAGCGGAAUGUUCAAAAAUGUGCCAACAGCAAUUGUUGGCGUCCUACCCGACACAACGGAUUCGAGCGCUCUCGGGCAUAAGCUCGACAAACCGCCUAAGGAGACUUUUGAGGCAUAUUUGGAACGAAAGCAUGAAUAA